CCGGCCCAGCUGUCCUCUCCAACCGCACUACUUCGAAACAGUAGCAGUAGCGGUGUUGCCUGCGCAUACGUAUACAUUUCCGUUGUACGAUUAACCUACCCAAGUUGCUUCCUUUCGGACCGGCCGUAGACCGAAUUGUCUCGGUAUACCUGGGAGAUCCUAGGUCUCCAUCAAUUCGUAACCAAUGGCCUUCCUCAUCCUGGUGAUCGGGGAUCUCCACAUCCCCGACCGCGCUCUCGACAUACCGCAAAAGUUUAAGAAACUCCUUUCGCCGGGAAAGAUCGGACAGACGCUAUGUCUAGGCAACCUGACGGACAAGCACACGUACGAGUACCUGCGUUCGAUUGCGCCGGACCUAAAAAUCGUAAAGGGCCGCUUCGACGUAGAAGCGACAUCGCUACCGCUAUAUCAAGUCGUAACACACGGAUCGCUGCGCAUCGGGUUCAUCGAAGGAUUUACGCUAGUGUCGACCGAGCCAGACUUGCUGCUCGCCGAGGCCAAUAAGUUAGACGUGGAUGUGCUGUGUUGGGGCGGAACCCACCGCUUCGAUGCCUUCGAGUAUAUGGACAAGUUUUUCGUGAACCCGGGCAGUGCUACGGGGGCGUUUACGACGGGGUGGACGAAGGAGGGUGAGGAUAUGGUACCUAGUUUCUGCUUGAUGGACGUCCAAGGUAUAUCGCUCACCCUCUACGUCUACCAGCUCCGCAAAGAUGAAAACGGGGUGGAAAACGUCGCGGUAGAGAAAGUCACAUACACAAAACCAGUAGAGCCUACGGCGGGCGGGUCGUCGUAAUCUUUAAAAAGGAAUGCAUGGAUAUCUAGAUCAACGAAUACCCCAAGCAUCAAAGAUGUAUCCCCACGAUGAAACUAAUAGCAGGCUAUUCUACUAGCCUCGAUAAAUCAUAUAAUCACAAUCAACCAUUGGGAAUGAAUCGAGAGAGAAA